UUCAGCACUGGGAAGGAGACAGCUCCCUCCCCCAAAAAGCCCAGCGCGCCUCACGUUGCAUGGGUCCCCGCUUAUUGAUAAUACAAUUUACCCGCUGGGAUCCAUCCCGGUAACGUGAAACUCGUGGAUACGGGCGCCGGAGAUACGAGAGACGCCGCGGACUGAGGAAAAAACAAACGAUUUGCUGGUUAUCGCCGACAAAUAGAGAGCCGAGCCCACCCCUUUCACUUGACAACGCGACAUCAAACCAGGCAGAAAGGCUUUCUUCUCAUCUCCCCAUCCUCCAUCCACCCUAACCUGCAGUGUUGGGGAAACCCCUGAUGAGUGGGACCUGUAUCCAUGAGCCCCGUGCCCCUUCCCCCUCCCUGUCAGGCUUCAGCACCCCCAUCUCAGAACCCCCCUAUCGAAGACUCGAUGGAGACACCCCUGCCUGCACCCCCGAAACGGACCUGACCCCCACACAGUGUGUCCUCCGUAACGUGCUAUCCAUCGACACCGGUGGACAAGUGGCGCCGGGAGGCAGCAGCCCCACUCCCAGCGAUGGACCCGCAACCCACUUUGACAACAGUGUGCUGAAACUACAUGAACAUGAGGCCUGCCAAUGUGGCGGCGGGGCCGAGGCAGGCCACAGUCCAGAGGCUGGCGCUGUUCGGAGCCAGUCAGAGAACAUUCGGCUGCAAUCAGGAAGUGGAGGUUUUUUGGAGGGACUGUUUGGCUGCCUAAAACCAGUCUGGACCAUGAUUGGAAAGGCCUACUCCACUGAACACAAACACUGUCAAGAAGGUCGGAGUAUAGAGUCCUGGGAGGUUCCCUUUGAGGAGAUCUCCGACCUGCAGUGGGUGGGCAGCGGGGCCCAAGGGGCCGUCUUCCUCGGCAAGUUCCACGGAGAGGACGUGGCUGUAAAGAAAGUGCGGGACAUCAAGGAAACCGAGAUCAAACACCUCCGCAAACUCAAGCACCCCAACAUCAUCACUUUCAAGGGCGUCUGCACUCAGGCUCCUUGUUACUGUAUCCUAAUGGAGUACUGUGCUCAAGGCCAGCUGUACGAGGUGCUUCGGGCAGGCCGUAAAAUCACCCCUUCCCUUCUGGUCGACUGGUCCAUGGGCAUCGCGGGCGGCAUGAACUACCUACACCUCCACAAAAUCAUCCACCGAGACCUCAAGUCCCCCAACAUGCUGAUCACUCAUGAUGACCUGGUGAAGAUCUCUGACUUCGGCACUUCAAAGGAGCUCAGCGACAAGAGCACCAAGAUGUCAUUUGCCGGCACUGUCGCCUGGAUGGCUCCCGAAGUAAUACGGAAUGAGCCGGUGUCGGAAAAGGUGGACAUCUGGUCCUUUGGAGUGGUGCUGUGGGAGAUGCUAACCGGAGAGAUCCCCUAUAAAGAUGUCGACUCAUCUGCCAUCAUCUGGGGCGUGGGAAACAACAGCCUUCAGCUGCCCAUACCUGAGAGCUGCCCAGAUGGCUUCAAGAUCCUCCUCAGACAGUGCUGGAACUGUAAGCCCAGGAAUAGGCCUUCUUUUCGCCAGAUACUUCUUCAUCUGGAUAUAGCGUCAGCCGACGUGCUGUCCACUCCACAGGAGACGUACUUCAAGUCUCAGGCUGAAUGGCGAGAAGAGGUGAAACAGCACUUUGAGAAGAUUAAAUCUGAGGGCACUUGUCUCCACCGGCUCGAUGAGGAACUGAUCAACCGGCGCAGAGAAGAGCUCAGGCACGCUUUGGACAUUCGCGAGCACUACGAGAGGAAGCUGGAGAGGGCUAACAACCUCUACAUGGAGCUCAGUGCUGUCAUGCUGCAGCUGGAGCUCAAGGAAAAAGAGCUGCAGAGGAGAGAGCAGUCUUUGGAUAAGAAGUAUCCGGGGUUGUUCAAGCACCACAGCUCCAGGCAGAGCAGCUCCUCCAACUCCAUGGACAAGCUCAUUAAGAAAAGAAAUGUCCCACAGAAGCUGCCCUCGGGAAAGAGGUGCGAGAUCUCAUUUCAGCCGGACAUCCUUAAGUCUGAGGUAAUCAUUCCCAAAAUGGAUUCCUCCGUAAUGCAAGUGACUAUCCCAGCCUGCCCCAAUAGAAGCUCUACUUCUCCCAGUCGGUCUCGGAGGGUAAAGACCCGUCAUCGCAAGCCUGGCAAGGGCAGCAGUGGAGACCUGGCCGGACUUAAGGCGAACCAGUCCUCCCCUAACAGGGACGCUAAUGUCCAGGCUAACAGUUCUGCCACUAACACCUCUAAGCAGCUCCUGGAGCCCUCUGCAGCCCUGAGGGGCCUCAGUCACGAGCAGCAGCAGAGGCAGCUAUCCUCCUCCAGCCCCGACCUCAUCUGCACCACGCUAGAGGCAGAGGGCCAGGGGAAAGGGGAGUCCCCUGUAGGCGGCCUGGAGAGGGGAGGGAGCCUCAGCGCUUCCGCCGGCUUAGGGGGGUCAGAAGGAGGGGCGGGCGGGCUGGAGGAUCUCACAGAAACUCCUCCGCGCAGCGACACCCCAAGCGAGGACGCCGCGUCGUUCCCGUUCUCCAGCAGCCCGGACUCGCCGUGCGGGAGGGGGGCGGCAGCGGGACGGGGAUCCCUGGGGUCCCCGCGCCUCCCUCACGACGGGGACGACAAAGAGGAGGGAGCCGGGGCCGUGAGGUUGCCCCGGGGGGCGUCGGGGGGAAUCGGGAGUCAGCACCUCACACCUUCAGCCAUUCUGUACAGGGCAGCUAUCACACGCAAACAGAGGCGUGGAGUGUCAUCAGAAGAGGAGGAGGGUGAAGUUGACAGUGAGGUUGAGUUACCACGGAGACGACGUCCAACGAGCAUUACCAAGUGCCAGUCGGUGUCUACCUUCAGUUCGGAGAACCUGUCGGUGUCAGACGGCGAGGAGGGCCACACCACCGACCACUCGCACAGCGGCACCCCCGACGUGGUCAGCACCAACACCGACGACAGGCUGGACGACCGCAGCGACGACCUCCUCUCUCAGGGGUCCGAGAUCCCGGCAGACAACACCGAUCCCGCACAGGCCUCCGACGGCCUGUCGGAGAGAGACGGGGCGCUGGGUCAGGCCAAAGCUCAGCUGGACUCCGGGCAGAAUCCAAACGAGAGUCGGGCCUUGUGCGAUGACUCCGACUGCGACAGCGCUGAGCUGGACCAGUCAGGUAGCGGAGAGCCGAGCCGUCCUCCCAGCGCCGGAGCGUGGGCGUCCCCAUCUCAACCCUACCAGGGGUCUCCGCAGCUGCCCCAUUCGGGACCUCCAUAGGUGUCUGGAAGAGAGCAAAAAAAAAAAAAAAAAAGAAAGAAAGACCUCCAGCUGCCCUACAGUGAACUAUAAUCACAGGCGUCCACCAAUCUGUCAGUGCAGUACAUUACUGUUGUCAUGAGGGAUCACACCUACAACACCACUCAGACUAUGACAAGUGGACUUAUGGUGUCUCAUAAGUUUUGUUGGGCGGGCAAACCUGCAUCAGAUGACAUAGGACAUUUGUCAUAACCUGACAUCAGAUAUUUUGGCAGCUUGUGACAUCAGAUAAGUGUCAUUUAGUUUCAGUAGGGUUUGUUUUUAGGCAAAACUGUUGCCGCGGUAACCAUAGCCACCGCUACAGUUCAGCAAAAAAAACCUUCCACAGAUGAGCACGCACGCACGCACAAGAAGAUACGACACUCUUAGUCCUUUAAACACUCUAACCCUCACUCUGGGAGCAUCCUCCAUGAUACUCCGCACUUAAUGCAUCAGAUACUAAUGAAUAAUAAUGUAAAUAUCCAUUACGUACCACAUGAGAAAUAUCUAACUUUAUUUUAUUUGUAAGAUAAAAUGUAAGACUAAAACGGUAUGCAGCCCUGUGAACAAAUGCAUGACUACAUGUUUAUAAUUUAUGGUUCGAAUGUGUCCGUUUUAUAUUUUGUGAAAGUUUACACUUUUUUAAAUCCUAAAAAGUAUUACUUAAGUUUUUUUUUUGUUUUUUUCUUUUGUUAAUAAAUGUCAGCACUCAAGAGAAAAAAAAAGUCAAAAUGGAAUGAAAAUCCCAUCAAGACAUUGAUCAUGAUGCAUAAUUAGGGUUCUCAGUAGUAAUAUAUUAUUUUUUUUAACCCUCCUACUACUGAGUUUUGAAUACACACGGUGCGUUUGAGGUUUUUCACUGAGUUUAUCAGGUCCGUGAUGGGAGGCCUUCAGGUUCACCCAAAGGGCACUUUUGCCCUUGGAUUUAUUUGCGUUUGACCACAUCAUUAGGUACACAAAGUUUAGGCCAAUGCACAGAAUUCCUGCAGUGAAUCCUACUUUCACGUAGUCUAGAUUGUUAAGUUUUUGUUGAAAGGAUUUUUUGAGAGAUUCACUUGUGUGGUCAUGCUGGAUGAUGCUGGAUGAUGCAGCUACUUUGCGGUGUCCUCGUUGUAAAAAGAGGUGGAUAAAAUGAUGGAAACAUCUGCCUGUGACAUCACCUCAAACCUAAUCUUCCAAAAUGACCAGGCGUGUCUAUUAAAUGAUGGAAGGUAGCAUUUAUUGCAGCAUUACUGUAUUUGACUGCAUUAGUUUGUGCUACAUAUACCUCAACACCGACAACUCAGCGUUAACUGGUAUUUAUUUAGCUUCCUGAAACAUUCUGCUCUUAGAAAUUACCUCCUUUGACAUGCGCUAGCAUUGUUAACAAAGCUAACAUUUCUGCUUUGACAAUUUUUUGUCAAGUGCAGAAGAACGCCACAGAUUUAGCGUUACACUGCUGUAGCUUGGACAGUGUCUUAUUCAAUAAAAAAAAUAAAUAAAAAUAAGAGUAAAAUAUAUGUGCACUACCAGUCAAAGGUGUGGACACUUCUUCUCAGUGAAUGGAGCGGGCAGGAGUGUCUAAACUUUUGACGGGCAGUCUACAUAUUUACAGAUAGUUUCAGCGGUGACAAAACGGUGUCAUUUUAUUUAUUCAAUGUGGUCAACGCACGGAGUAAAAGGUGAACCCGAGUCGUAGCUUUUCCUAUUCUAUUGAGAUCAAGUGAACGCAGCACUAAAUCACAAAAGCAGCGUAGUAGUGGUUCCCCCACGAGUAAACACUGGAGCGUGAACCAAAAGGCCUCCUGCAGUUCACGGUGUUGGCAGGCUCCAUUAAAAACCUCAUCUGCUCCUUUUACCCUUUAAGAUUACUGCAGAAGUAGCCAGAUAAAGAAUAGAGCACUUCUCUGUGGUGGUUACCAGUAGAACACUAAGUAUCCUUUGGGUUUGAAUAGAGAUGUUUUGUUUUUAUACAGCAUUGCACAUUGUACCUGUAACAUAGGAAUUAUAUCGAAAAGCAAAAUAUUAUGAGCAACAAUAAAUAAUGUAUUGGUUAA